UGGGGCGCCAAACUCGUAAUAUCAGUGAAAAUCGUGUCAUAUAAGAAAUUCGCUUUAGGCUUGUUUUCGUCAUAACUCUAUCUACUCCUUUAAUUAGUUCAAAUGUUUUCUUUGGUACUAAUUCUAAUGGUAAUACUGCUCUUUAGCGCACACCUGGUGUGGAAAUGCAGUUAUUGGGUGCGGCACGGCGUUCGUGGACCACGAUGUUUGCCGAUUUUAGGCAAUAUGGAUGAUUUUUUCCUCGGCCGAAAACAUUAUGGUGAUGUCUAUAAAAACCUUUAUGAUGCUCAUCCAAACCUUCCUUAUGUUGGAAUUUAUCGGCUCUUCAAUGAGCCGGCAAUAUUGUUGCGCACUCAGGAAAUGAUCAAAGAGGUGAUGAUACGCUCAUUUCAACACUUCCAGGAUAAUGUGUUAUGGAUUAGUCGGAAACGUGAUCCUGUCGUUUGUUACAAUCCAUUCAUCGCGAAAGGCGAAAUGUGGAAAAAUAUGCGCGCCGAGAUUCUACCGAUUUUCACACCAAACAAAGUCAAAGCUUCGUUUCCCCAUAUUAAGUCCAUUUGCAAAAAACUUGAUUUGUUUGUGUCGCAGCAAAUAAACAACUCAAAUAAUUCCUUCGAAGCAAAAGAUCUGCUAUCGAAGUAUACACUCGAUGUGGUUGCUUCAGCCGGCUUCGGACUUGAUGGUGCUUCGUUCGACAACACCAAUUCAGAUUUUACACAACUUGUUGAGCAUCUAUUUAUGCCAAAUACUUGGAGUUUACUCGAAACGAUUGCAUUACUGUUCUCACCAUUACUCGGCGACAUCAUAAACUAUCGCUACGUGCCAUCAGGCGUACAGCACUGGCUUCGAGGAAUAAUUGGAAAGGUUUUAGCAGGACGUUGCUUGCAGGAAGAGCCAAGCAAAGUCAAAUUUACACCAAAAUCAAGUGAUUUUCUGCAAUGGCUUAUCGAAGGCAGACAUAAAUCGCAUGAACCGGUGGAUGUGGCAACAAUGGUUGGACAUUGUAGUACUUUUCUUCUAGAAGGUUUCGAGACAUCAUCAUCACUAAUGGCCUUUGCACUGUACGAGUAUGCUAAACACCCGUUGGUGCAGGCACGUGUUCAGCAGGAGAUUGACGAAGUUUUGGCUCGGCACGGCGGCGAAAUGUGCUAUGAUGCUAUACAGGAAAUGCCUUAUUUGGGAGCGUCAUUAUAUGAAACUCUGCGUCUUUACCCCCCAAUGAUGGCGUUAUUGAAACACUGCACGAAAGAAUUCAAAUUACCGCCACAGACCGUAGGUGGCCACUCCUUUCAGGUGCCGGUGGGUAUGGUCUUUAUCGUUCCGGUGAAAGCUAUACACUACGAUGCUGAUUUAUAUGAAUAUCCUUCGCAAUUUCAACCAAAUCGGUUCUUAGACCCAAGUCUUAACUCAAAUAGGAGUUUAUUUUUAGGAUUUGGAGAGGGACCGCGCAUGUGUCCAGGAAUGCGAUUCGGCUUGGCUCAAAGCAAAGCUGGAAUAGUGACGUUGUUAUCAAAGUAUUCCGUUAGCUUGGGCGAGAAUUUUAAGCCAUUGAAACUUUCAGCAACAACCUUUUUAACAGCCCCUGAGGAUGGCAUAUGGGUUUCGUUUAAAGAAAGGAAGUAGUUUUUUUUCUCUUCAAAUUGUAAAUAUUUUAAGAAAGGGAU